CUGUGAAAGCAACAAAAAUCAACAUCCGUUUAUGCUGGAGAAGGUAAGCAGAUGAUAUUGAUGGUGGUGGCCACCUUUCGGGUGUCUUCGGUGAAGAUCGUGAAUCUUCGUAACAAGCUCGUUGUGAUGCGCCCCACUCCCGACAACACGCGCCAACAACCCAACAUAGCGGCCGUCGACUCCAACUCAGCUCAAACGAGAUCGGAAUUCGGUGCUGUGUGCGUGUGAGGUUAUGUUUGUUCGCUGUUUACUGUUUUCUAUCAACUUUUCGCCGAUUUUAACAGUUUUUUAGACGAUUCGAUGUUAAUUUGUAGUAAAACUGACAAUGGAGAAGCUGUCUGUCUUACGUGCCAUGGCUUUUCUCAUGAAAUUUGUGAUCUGCAUGCUGUUUUGUUGUCUUCCAGCUUCGGCCAGACUCAAUCUGUACCUGAACCAAAUCGAAGUUCGCCAACUGCUUGGUCUGUCAGCUGAGCUAUACUAUGUGCGCGACGGAGUCGUCAACCAGUAUGCGCUGAACUUCGUGGUGCCUGUGCCGGCCACCGUAUCCAGUCUGCACUUCACGUGGCAAAGUCUGGCUGGAACACCGUUGCCUUACUCGAUCCACGUGAUGACGUCAAACCCGGAGGCACUGCUGACGCCGAAGCUGAACAUCUCGGGGGAGGGGGGCGUGCCGACCACGGUGCAGACGUUCGCCGUCGACCUGAGCUGCUCGGGCCUCCUCAACGCAGAGGUCGAUGUCAACAUCGCCAUCAACAUCACUCUGCAGCGGCACCCGCUCAACGUCACCAAACUCAACUUCCAGCGUCGCAAGAUCUGUCUCAAAGAUGUGGUGAACGCGCGAACUGGACAGGAGGUUCGCGGUGAUACGGGCGUGCAGCAGCUGGUGGUGACAGACGCGACUGCAGCCGACUCCAAUGCAGCGCUCUACAUCGCAGUCAGCUGCGCAUGCGCACUCGUCACUGUCCUAUCCAUAGCCAUCCUCGCCUGCUAUCUCAGGAACAACAAGACCCGCCAUCAUGGAGACAUGCUGCAGGAAUCGCGGAACGGGUCGAACUGUUCAGCUCAGGGCCUGGCGCCGGUGCCGAUAAUGAGUUGCGCCGGGGCACCCCUGUCGCCGCGACGCCCCUCCUACGCGCGACUCGACAGCUGCGACAACCGCGAGCGAGCCACUGACAUACACCACCGCAUCGCACAGCUCACCAUUCAGAGGUACAGAGUGCGGUUGAAGAGUGAGGUGAUGGCUGGCACAUUCGGCAGGGUCUACAUCGGCACCUACAAGGACGAGGAUGGCGGCGAGGAAGACGUCCUUGUCAAAACUGUCACUGACCACGCCUCAACUGUACAAGUGUCGUUACUACUCCAGGAAGGCAUGACAAUGUACAGUCUUAGUCAUAAAAACAUUCUUUCUGUGCUGGGAGUGUCCAUAGAAGAUCACACAGCGCCGUUCCUAAUCUAUCCUCAUCAGGGGUACAGAAAUCUCAAAAGGUUCCUUCAAAACUGCAAGCAAGGUGUGGAGGGCGUAGCUCACACUUUGACCACUCAAGAAGUCGUUGAUAUGGCAUUACAGGCAAUAACUGGCAUGCAAUAUCUACACAAAAAGCGACUCAUUCAUAAAGACGUUGCAACUAGGAACUGUGUAGUUGACGAUAAGCUACGGAUCCAGAUAACAGACAACGCUCUAUCGAGAGACCUGUUCCCGGCUGACUAUCACUGCCUCGGUGACAACGAGAACAGGCCUAUCAAGUGGCUGUCCAUAGAGAGUCUCACGCACAAGAACUUCACCACUGCCUCCGAUGUGUGGGCAUUCGGUGUUUUCCUGUGGGAGCUGACCACUCUUGCACAACAGCCAUAUGCAGAAAUCGAUCCAUUCGAGAUGGCUGCUUACCUGAGAGACGGAUACCGAUUAGCACAGCCAGUCAACUGCCCUGACGAAUUGUUCGCAGUGAUGGCUUACUGCUGGGCGAUGAGUGCAGACGAGCGACCCACCUUCUCCCAGCUACUCGGCUGUCUCCAAGAGUUCCACUCCCAACUCACUCGCUAUGUUUAAUGAAGUCUCGCAAAAUCGACAAUUAGGUUUCAAAUUUAACAUUGAUAGUGUUGCGAAAAUCAACAUUUCAUCUAGUUGGAAUGUCUGUUUUACUAGCUCCAUACCUCCAGUUCCUUGAAAAUACUUUUUAUAAUUCAUUGUGCUUAGAAUAAUUAUGCUUUGCAUAAAGACUGCAGUCACUAUUUUAAAUAUCAAUUUAUCAAACCGCUGUCAUUCGAUAUGAUGAAAAGUACAAAGCCAUAAUCAUGUUCAAAACAUAGAUUUAGAGAUAUUAUAAAAUAAGAAACAUCUUGAAAAUUUUUGACAAAGUCAUAACUAUAACUAUUCUUAAUUUUGAUAUUAUUAAUUCAAUAUGAUUGCUAGGUUUUCAUCAAUUAUUGACGUUUAGGUCUUUAGGGUUGACAAUAAUCUUUCCUUAUAACUUAUCUAACAUACUAAGACUUGAAAUAAAAUUAAAUUGUCUAAAAAAGUAUAGAUAUAGUUGAUCUAAAUCUUUCGAUCACGGGUGGUUGAAAUAUGAACGUUGUAUGAAUUGAAAAUAUCUAAGAGGUAAAAAUAUUCAAUAUUCAAGAGGUUUAAAACAUUCUUUGAUAAGAAUUGUAUAUUUUAUAAGCUUUAAAUGUAUAUUAUGAAUAUAGCCUUGCAGUGUGUUCUUUGUAUCACUUUAAUUAAUUGAUAAGACUACAAUUUCCACGUUUAUAUGAAUUUGCUUUUUUGUGAAUUUUGUAGACACUAAGUGAUCUCAUUGUGUAAAUAGAUUUGUAGAUACAUUUGUCAAUAUAUAGAAUAUAUUUGUGAAUAAACUGUAUAUAAAAUAUGAAUAAUGUGAUGAUUAUAUUACAAUGUUAUCAAAGAAUAAUAUUGUGAAUUUAAAAUACUUUGAGAGAAAACUGUAUUGUAAAAAUGAUAUUAUUUAUUACUGAAAGUAUAAAGAUACAAUGUGAAUAUUAUAUUUUUGUAUAUUUGCAAAUAAACAAAAUCGUGUAUA